AUGCAGUUCUCUACCAUCUUCUCCAUUGCCACUCUCGUUGCCGCCGUCGCCGCUGCUCCUUCUUGCAACCCUCCCACCCAGCAGAACGCCUGUGCCGCCCGCACUGACGGCCACAACGUCGCUGCCUGCUGCACUACCAUGCACGGUAAAAGCGAGGAGGUCUGCCAGAGCAUCCACUCUAUCGAUCUCGGUAUCUGCGCUGCCGUAGCUGGUGCCGCCACCACUGUCAAGUGCUGCAACGUCAGCAGUGGAGAGCAGAAAGGUCUUGUCAACAUCGCCGCCCCUUUGUGUCUUUAA